CCCUAACCCCCAAAAAAGGCGAAAGCUUCAGCAAAAUAACUUGCCUCACUCAUUCUCACCCCACAGUCGUCGUCACAAUGGACGAACCAUCACCGCCCGCCGACCCUCCGACGAACCAAUUCGGAUCUCUGAACGACGUAGCCCACGAGCUCGCCUCGCUCGAAGACCUCGCUAGUCGUGGCUCAUGGCGCUCCAUUCUCGACAAAGUUUCCCGAGCCCGUUCCCUCAACCUCCUAAGUAACCCCCACGACCACCUUAUCUACCUCACCUACAACGUUCUCGCCCUCUCGAAACUACGACGUUUCGCCGACGCUUCGACCGACCUCGACACUCUCGACGACUUCAACAGCCACUAUUAUAAGUACGAAACUUACCCUCAACUUUACCCCAACCGGUCUGGUUCGAUGCUUCCUUUCUCUCUUCGGUUCAUCCAUGCUCAGCUGCCGAUCAAGCUCGGGAAUCGCCAAGAAGGGUUAGAUCGGUUUUAUCUUUUGCUUAAUUUUAUUCGUCAGAAAAUAAAAGAAAAAGAAAGCAAUAAUCUACAUGAUUCUGUCAAAAUUUGGAAAAGAAGGGAAAAUUUUGUUCUGAAUUGUUUAAUUGGGCAUCAUUUGGGAGAUAAGGAAUUCAUUUUGUGUUUAGAUUUGAUCAAGGAUAUGAUUAAUCGUGAUUAUUUAGAUCCACUCUUAGUUUCAAAAUUAGGGUAUAUUCAGAUGCAGAUUGGUGAUAUUGAAGGGGCAAAAGGGUCAUUUAACCAUGUAGAGACGAUGUUAAAUGAAGGGAAGAAUGAUAGGUAUUCGUUCUUGAGUGAAGUUCAAUUUAGGAACCUUGUGAAUAGAAACAAGGCCUUGGUUUAUGUGGUGGGCAAAGAUUAUGUUUCUGCGGUGAGGGAAUAUGAGGAGUGUAUCGAAAGGGAUCAUACGGAUGUUGUUGCGAUUAAUAAUAAGGCACUUUGUUUGAUGUAUUUGAGAGAUUUGUCUGAUUCCAUUAAGGUAUUGGAGAAUGCACUUGAAAGGGUUCCUACGAGGGCAUUGAAUGAGACCCUGGUGGUCAAUUUGUGUAGUAUGUAUGAGUUGGCAUAUGUCAAUCACUCAGAGAUUAAGAGGACUUUGAAUAAUUGGAUUGUACAUGUUGCUCCCGAUGAUUUUGAUGCAUCUUGUAUCAGGGUUUGAGGUAUUAAUUCGUAAAGACGGCAGAGAUUUGGAUCGCAGCAUUAGCCCUUGGUGAGUGCUCUUCACUUUGUUCCUAGUUGAUUCAAUUACACGGGGGCACCAAUGCUUGUAGAAUUAAUACUCAUAUUGACUACCACUUUUGUGGAUUCCUUUCUUUUAUAUAUAUAAAAAAACAGAAUACAGGGUGAGUUCUUCAACUCAACCAGGUAACUCAUGUUUUAAAAUUUUAAGAUUUUUGAACUUCACAUGGAACUUGGACCUUGGAGAUUUUCAAAGAAGCGGCUGCGUUUGUCUAAUCGUUGCCGAUCUUAACAUACUUGUGCUCGCUAGGUUUGGUUUGUUCUUUUUUUCCCUCGUUUUAACACUCAAAUUUGGUUCGUUAGUAUGGAGGGAGCUGAAUUUAAAAGUGUUGGGAUGACAACUGACUGCGAAUUUAGAUAUUUGUAGAUACUUGAACCGUCUUUGUGUAUUUAGAUAUAGUAAAUUCGAAUAUUUUAAUUAUUAUUCAUAAUAGAUUUUGGAUAUUAAUUUUUCUGGUA